AGGUGUUUGUUCUGCGAUAUCGUACUCCUCGCCGAUAGGGGGAGCAGGCCCAUCUAUGGUACAAGGGUUGUGACGUCACGGCCUGGGAGGCAUGCAUGAUAAAUUGGGGACCAAUGUGAUUUUCACUUUCGUAUCGCUCUUGUUCAAGCCCGGUCGUGAGUCAGCAGCUGUGCAGGUCGUUCGGCCUUAUAUUCAUUAAGUAGUUGGAUAUCAACUGAAAAGGAGACAAAAUGGCAGAUAAAGCAGCAAGCGGAGUUUUAACCAAGUUGCCCCAGAAACAAAUUCAGGAGAUGAAAGAGGCGUUUACGAUGAUAGACCAAAACAGGGAUGGAUUUAUAGAUAUCAACGAUCUUAAGGAAAUGUUCUCAUCCCUGGGCAGGACGCCCGACGACAAAGAAUUGACAGCUAUGUUGAAAGAGGCUCCCGGUCCCUUGAACUUCACUAUGUUCUUGUCCAUCUUCUCAGACAAGCUCAGCGGUACCGACAGCGAGGAGACCAUCAGGAACGCAUUCGCCAUGUUUGAUGAACAGGAAAACAAGAAACUCAACAUCGAGUACAUUAAGGAUUUAUUAGAAAACAUGGGAGACAACUUCAACAAAGAUGAGAUGAGGAUGACAUUCAAGGAAGCCCCUGUGGAAGGAGGAAAAUUCGACUAUGUAAAAUUCACAGCGAUGAUCAAGGGUAGUGGUGAGGAUGAGGCAUAAAAAUGCACCAUCACAAUUCCUACAUACACCACACGAGGCGGGCUUUUCAUCCCGACAGAUCUGGCUCUUCCGGUCUUGGUGAUGAUGUCAUCAUGACGUCAGAAGAACGACUCCUUCUUCGCAAAAUGGACAGCAUGAAAAUCUGAACAUUUACGGAAGAUUUACAUCUGCAGGGAUGAAAAAGACAACAUAAAAAAUAGACAUCUCUAUCCUAUUUCAAAUUCGCAAGGAAAAGGCAUCCGAUAUUAUCUGAAGUUUCUCAAGCCAAAGAGUGCUAUCAUUCCAUUUCUAACACUGGUAACGAAGGGCACAGCUGUUACAUGUACUCGCUCCCGGGCCUCACUUACAAGGAAGCGCCAGCUAGUGUCGUGGUUAUCUCCCAGAACAGGUGGAGAUAACUGCCAAAGACGACUUAAAUGACUUUUACAUCCAUCACUGAUGCGGUACCAACUUGAACGAAGAACAACAUCAAAGAAAAGGUCGUCUUUCAAACCUCCCGAUUUCUGUUGGCUUGAGAUGCUUUAAAAUGUGAUCCGAUUCUUUAUGACAUUUCCAAAUAUAGAUUAACCCCAUUUGCUCUCUCUCUUGUAUAUACCUAGAAUACAAAUAAUACAUAACUUUCAUCAACUUUUUAUAGUCAUGCCGCGCCUCUGGGAAGGGUGGACGAAAUCAUUUAGAGGAAUCUCUCGUGUUCCUCGAUUCUUUUGUGUUAUAUAAUGAUUCUGUGAAAUAAUUGUAUACAAAUUUUGACCUGUCGUCUUUUCAUUCAUAAUAGAACAGAGUACAAUUUUCAAUCAUUUGUACUUGGGUAUAUAAAUAUUUAUUUAUAAAUUUAUGUAUUUAUCCCAGGGGAUUAAAUAUUGUCGAAAUAGCUAAUGUAUGAAUGUCUGUCCUAUGUCCGACUAGUAGACAAGUACUUGAUCUACAAGGGGAUUCAUAACCACUUCCGCUCCCAUGAUCCUCUGUUCUGUUCCUGAGGGAAUAUAAAAUGGCUUCCUCUGGAAAAUAACAAUUUGAUUGGUAGCACCAUGUGAUACAGUGGAUAUGGUUGCCCCUAGCAACAUCUGAGUGGAUUGUUCCCGUGUAUCCUUAUUUAUUUUACAAUAAACCUCUGUGCACAGAGUGAACUGAA